AUGUAUGGAUUGCUAGAGAAAGUUGUUUCAUCUCAACAAGGAGCUUUUGUAAAAGGAAGGUGUAUCCAAGAGAAAAUAAUGCUUGUUUCUGAGAUGGUAUAUGAGCUGGAUAUUAAAAGAAGGGGAGAGAGGCCAGUUGGAUUCUUCUCAGUUAGUAGGGGAUUGAGACAGGGUGACCCAUUGUCACCAAUUCUUUUUGUUAUUGCUGAAGAUGUUCUAAGUAGUAAUUUGAGUAAACUAGUACAGGACAAGAAUAUAGUACCAAUGAUGAAGAGUAAAAUGUUUUUGGGAGGAGUUACAGAUUUAAGAAAGCAGCAAAUAGCAAAAGAGUUUCAAAUUCCACUCUCCAGUUUCCCAGAUAAGUACUUAGGUGUGAUACUGAAACCAGGAAUGGUAAGACCAGAUACUAUUUGGGGGGUUGUUGAAAUGUUACAGAAUAGACUAUCAAGCUGGGUGGGUCAGUUAUUGGCUUUCAAGGAUAUAAUCACUUUGGUGAAAUCAGUUUUGAACAACAUUCCAAUUUAUAAUAUGUCAGUGUAUAAGUGGCAUGCUAGUGUAAUCAAAACAUGUGAAAGAAUGCUGAGAAAUUUUCUAUGGACUGGUGAUCCUUCAACAAGAAAGAUGGUCACUAUAAAGUGGGAUAAAGUAUGUGCUCCAUUGGAAGAAGGAGGGUUGGGUUUGAAGAGGUUGAGUGUUAUAAAUAAGGCUUUAUUGAUGAAAUUGUUAUGGAAGAUUUUGAACUCUGAAGAAGAAUGA